UCAAAUAUUGAGGUUACUUUUUAUUUACCUUUUAGAAGAAAAUACCUACAUAUAAACGAAUCUCAGCUGUAUCGAUGGGAAAAAUCAUUAUGUUCUAAACAAUUGAUUAUCUUGCAGAAGAAAGGCCGUUCACGUUCCUCCGCGUCGCUUGUCAAAAUGACGUCCAAGACGGAGGCUACACUGGAACAUUUUUAUAUAUUUAAUGGAACUUAUGCGAAAAAGGAAGGGGAGGCAAAAAAAAAGAUACUCUAUUAUUAUCCGGAAAGAGAUAUAGAUGCUCAGAUUAAGAAUAUAGGGUUCAGCGAAGCAAUUAUUAAAUUUGCAGAAUCGUUCAACCCUGGACAGCCCUGUGAUUAUUGUCAUACACACAAAACUCGACAAGUAUAUUAUCAACCAGAACCAAAUUUUUGGAUGGUAAUGAUUGUUGGACUGCCGUAUGUUUGUAAAGAAAAAGAUGGUAAUAAAUAUAUGGAAUAUCAGCACGAUGAAGUCUCUAGCAGUGUAUGCCAAGGUAUAUUGAAACAAGCGUACGUUAUGUUCAGACUGUUCAUGGGCUCGUUUGAAACUAUCAUCAAUGAUCCUGAAUAUGGCUCCAUUAUAUUACUGAAACACAAACUCGAACAUUUUUAUUCAAGGUAUCUGCUGUCCCUCAAAUUGAACAACAGCGACAUUCUGGAUGUUUUCCAAGGCUUACAAUUUUUACCUCUGGAUAAGAUAACAUUUUUACGAGUACAGUGUUUCAUGAAUCUUAUAGAAGCUAUGUUCUCUCAAGUCAAGUACACAGCAUUCUUGUAUAACGAUCAAGUUGUAUGGAGUGGCUUGGAACCUGAAGAUAUGCAGGUGGUUUAUAGUUACUUGGUGGGGACACUUUUACAGGCACACCUUGAGAAAGAACUACACGGUGGUUCAAUGCCUAGAAAUUCCCCUUCGCCGUUCACCAGUUCGCAUUAUGGAAAAUUUGUCACUGGUCCGUGCAGUAUUAACGAACCGAGUCUGAUUGGAAAAUCUCCGACAGUGUUCAUAAAUUAUUCCACGAAACCGAUUGCUUUGUAUUUGGUAGUUUAUCGGGCUCUGAGUGCAACUAUUUGCCUUUUCGUUGACAGCAAAACAAGUUUAUUAAUGGACUUCUUCAAAAGUCUGGAUAGCUUUCUUGGCCCACAAUUGACUACACUUGUUAGCUCGGUCGCGGAACAGUGUGCGAAACACGUGGUGGCUACGCCCGAGUCUUGUACAAAGUACCUGUAUUUUAAUAAGCUCAACUUAGCGUAUAAAAGCACGAUACAUCUGGAUAAUAGACGAUGCUCCAACGUGCUCACGACACCUGAAGUGUUGAGGGUGAUCACUGAUAUAUACAAUGACACGAAUAAAUUGAAAGAAGCUGGCGAAAUUGUCAUAAAAACCAUGAGCGACUAUUGGGUCAUAGGAAAGCUAUCAAACUUGAGGGAAUUUUUCGUGGUCAUUCAACAAAAGAGUGCCAGCUUAAUUGAGAUAGAAGAGGAAGUCAAACGACUGUGCGAGAAACAAUUGAAGAGCAUAUUUUUCCAUUAAUGAUCAGUGUGUCAUCUAGCUCAGUACUGUUUAUACGUCGUAUACAAGCAAUAUAUACUCUAAUCUAUACCAUUGUAAUUACAAAAG